CCUAUGAAAGGACUUGGCUUUUUUCACUCAGCUUGUAUCAACAAGUAAUUUGUAAGAAUGACAUUCACAUAGGAAUAGGUAACAUUAGUCAGCUUAAUUCUAAAUGUAGCAAAAUACUGCAAUAAUUGAAGAUAGUAACAUCAAGGUUUAGUAAAGCAAAAGACAGCUGUAAUUAUGACACAGGAUAAAAGGGAGAAGACUGGUGUGAGAACAAGCAGCAGUUCAGCCAAAUCAAAAACCUCUAUGCAAAGAAACAAAAAGAAACUUUCUUCUAAUAUAUUGUGCCUUUUGAAUAGUGAAGAUGAAAUGUCUAAAAUCCAGUGGGAUUCAAUGCCUGUGGACGUUCAAGAGUGGUUGACUAUUACCUUUACAAGUCAGCAAGAGGCACACAAAGCUGAGGAUGCAGCUAGUGUCCGCACUGUUGCAUAUGCUGUCCAGACAGGAGUUUUUGUAGAAAGGAAGUUCCAUACAGCUACUAGCCCAGUUGGAUUAGCUUAUCCAUUAGAAGUCACAGAAGCGCUCAAGGAAGUUGAUAAAUGGGGGUUUGAUGUGUUUGCCUUAAAUGAAGUGAGUCAAGGACACAGCUUGAAAUAUCUGAUGUGUGAGCUGUUAAGCAAAUAUAAUCUUCUGAGCCAAUUCAAGAUUCCUAUUGCUUGCCUGAUUUCAUUUACAAGUGCUCUGGAAGCUGGUUACAACAAAUACCAAAAUACGUAUCACAAUUCAGUGCAUGCCACAGAUGUCACUCAAACUGUACACACCAUUUUGCUUCAUACUGGAAUCAUGCACUGGUUCACAGACCUGGAGAUACUAGCAUUCAUUUUCGGCACCUCAAUCCAUGAUUAUGACCACCCUGGGACCACAAACCAUUUCCAUGUUGCGACAAGGUCAGAAACUGCUAUUUUAUAUAAUGACAAAUCUGUUCUUGAAAAUCAUCAUGUGAGUGCUGUUUACCAUCUUAUGCAAAGUGAUGAAAUGAACAUUUUAGUCAAUUUAACUGCAGAAGAAUGGAGAGAGUUACGCCACCUGGUCAUUGAGAUGAUUUUAGCCACAGAUAUGACACAGCAUUUCCACCACAUGAAUUGUAUGAAACGCAUUCUACAAAAUGAGCAGCAAGUGAAAAGGAUACACAAAGACAAAGUCAUGGCUAUGAUUGUACAUGCCGCUGACAUAAGUCAUCCAGCAAAGCCCUGGCACUUGCACCAAAAAUGGUCAGAAGCAGUAAUGGAAGAAUUCUUUAAUCAGGGUGACAAGGAGGCUGCACUGGGAUUGCCAAUUUCUUCCCUCUGUGAUCGCAAGACUAUAAACAUUGCUGAAUCUCAAAUAGGCUUUUUAGACAUCAUAAUAAAACCUUUUUUUGUUCUUCUACUUGAACUAAUUGAAGAAAUUGUUGCUCCUCUUAUAAAGGAAGCUUCUAAAUCAAAAUGUGCUUCUUCCUCCAAACAGCAGCGCCGGAAUCAAUAUACAAGUGAAAGUAGAAGUGAAAAUGGAGACACUGACAACCCUGAAACUGGGACUUCCACAGAAAGACAGCUUUUAUCAGCUUUAGAUAUAUCAAGGUUUAAGGAGCAUUUGUUGAUGUUUAUUCAAGAGAACAAAGAAAAGUGGAAAGAGAUUCAGGAAAAAAAUUCUGAAGAGCAAAAAAAGCAGCUCCCAGAACUGAAGGGACAGGUUGCAGAAUCAGAAACCAAAGACGGAGACAAAGGGACCAGAGAAGAAUCCAUGGAAACUGAGUGUAAAAAGGCUAAAGACCAAGGAAGAAAAGGUAAAGCAGAGAGGGGGAAAUCCCAGAAAGCCUCCAAGGGCAAAAACUACUCUUCAAAGUCAAAAAGCUAUUGCGCCACACCAGAAAAACCACCUUUGUGCUAUUGUCAAUUUCCUGAUAGCAGAGCAUUUGAACCAAUUGAUGUCAGCUUCAUAGUUUACAAUGCAGAUGCAUCAGAACUGUCACAGUCACAUCUGGAUGAUGUCAUGGAGGUCACUGAAUCAUACGAGGAAUUGGUAGAUAAUCCAAGCUCCUGGAGGAAGGCUGCUAGUAAACCUGUAAGUGAAAACAUAGAGGAGAUGAGGCGCAUGGUGCCAGAAACAAAACCUCUGAGUCCGAAUGAAAGUGAUGAUGUUGUCAUUGAGGAAUGUAUUUCAGAUGAGUCUCAGUCCCUGAUAACAAGCGUAUCUUCUGAUCCCGCUGCUCAGAAGGAUGACCAGCAACCCCCUAAAAUCAGCUUCCUACCAACAGAACUAACCCAAAGUGAUAUGGAGAUAUUUUCCCUGUGGAACGAAGAAGUUUUGAGACGUGCUGCUGAACAAAAGAAGCAAGAUCAAACCGGAAUGCCUACAGAUGAAAAAAAAGAGCCCAUAACAGGACAGCCAAGUGAGGGCUCUCAAGGAAGCGAGGGAAUUUCCUCCGGAAACGAUAAUUUUGUCCUACAAAUAGUAUCUUUUGACUCUGUCCCUGUUACAUGUUCAAGAGAGACAGGGCCAAGAAAAGAUCCAGGGCAGCAAGAGGACAACACUGCUCCAGCCCCAAUGAAUGAAAAUACCACACCAUCAAGUGGAUAUGAGCAUAGUGAAAUUGUUUUACAUGGAGCAGCAGCUGUAUCUGUCACAUCCUUAAACUAUGGCUUUGGGGUCUUCAGAAUACCCCCAUAAGUCUAACUUGCAAUGUAAGUUUAUCUGAAACACAGUAGGGACCAAUAAAUACAUGCCCAUUUGACUAAA